UUCUACAGCCAUGGUUGUCGCCGGCACCGGAGAAGCGGAAACUCACCGCUGGAACUCCGAUGACAUAUCUGUGGAGCAGCUCUUCGAUUGCAAGGAGGUUCCAACAUGGGGAGAACAGCUCACUUUUCGGGCAUUUUUCGUCAGCUUCAUCGUCGGAAUCUUCCUCUGCUUCAUUGUAAUGAAGCUGAAUCUCACCACAGGGAUUAUCCCUUCACUUAAUGUCUCAGCAGGCUUGUUGGGUUUCUUUUUGGUGAAGACAUGGACCAAAGUUCUGGACAAGUUUGGAUUUCUGAAGAAGCCGUUUACUCGGCAGGAGAAUACUGUUAUACAAACAUGUGUUGUGGCUUGCUCUGGCAUUGCUUUCAGUGGUGGCUUUGGAAGCUACAUAUUGGGCAUGUCCAAACAAGUUUCUGCCGAAUUUAUCGAAGCAAACGAUGACUUGAACACCAAAGAUCCCCACUUGGGCUGGAUGAUCCUCUUCCUCUUCACUGUCAGUUUCGUCGGUUUAUUCUCCGUUGUUCCUCUUCGUAAGAUAAUGAUUCUUGGUCACAAGCUCACUUACCCAAGUGGAACAGCCACAGCGCACCUGAUCAACAGCUUCCACACACCUCAGGGAGCCAAGCUCGCCAGUAAACAGGUCUCUGUUCUUUUCAAAUCUCUGGCCAGUAGCUUCAUCUGGUCUUUCUUUCAGUGGUUCUACAGCGGUGGCAGCGACUGCGGCUUCAACAGUUUUCCUACAUUUGGUCUCCAAGCCUACAAGAACAGAUUCUACUUUGACUUCUCCGCCACCUACGUGGGCGUCGGAAUGCUAUGCCCAUACCUGAUCAACAUCUCCCUCCUCCUAGGCUCCAUCAUCUCAUGGGGGAUCCUCUGGCCUUACAUCUCCACCAAGAAAGGCCAAUGGUACGACUCCAAUCUGGAAGAAAGCAGCCUGCUUGGCCUCAACGGCUACAAAGUUUUCAUCUCCAUCGCCAUGAUCCUUGGCGACGGCCUCUUCCAAUUCAUCUUCCUCCUGUUCCGCUGCUCUAACGACAUCUACACGAAACUCCACAAUCCUCCCAAGCAACAAAUCCACCCCUUCUCCGACCAACCGCUUUACGAAUCCACCGCCAUGACCUUCGACGACCGCCGCCGCACCAACGUCUUCCUCAAAGACGAAAUCCCAAGCUCCAUUCUUUCCGGCGGCUACAUUCUCCUCGCCAUAUCUUCAAUCUUCACCGUCCCCAACAUAUUCCCCCAACUCAAACCACACCACAUCCUCGCCGCUUAUCUCAUCGCCCCUCUCCUCGCCUUCUGCAACGCCUAUGGCUGCGGCUUAACGGACUGGUCCCUCGCCUCCAGCUACGGAAAAAUGGCAAUUUUCAUCUUCGGACUAUCGGUAGGAAAAGACUACGGCGGAGUUCUCGCUGGCCUCGCCGCCUGCGGAAUCAUGAUGAGCAUCGUCUCCACAGCUUCAGAUCUCAUGCAGGAUUUCAAAACAGGGUAUCUAACUCUAGCAUCUCCACGAUCCAUGUUCAUCAGUCAGGCAAUAGGCACGGCGAUGGGCUGCGUUAUAGCUCCAACGGUCUUCUGGUUAUUCUACAAGGCUUUUCCUUUAGGCCUCGAGAAUUCAGAGUAUCCUGCUCCUUACGCCAAAGUAUAUCGUGGAAUAGCUUUACUUGGAGUAAAUGGGAUAUCUUCUCUUCCAAAGAACUGUCUUAGCUUCUGCUUCGGAUUCUUUCUCUUCGCGAUGGUCAUCAAUGGCGUGAGGGAAAUGGCGAGAUAUAAGAAGUGGUGGUUCUGUGGAUAUGUGCCGAGCGCGAUGGGAAUGGCGGUGCCGUUCUAUUUGGGGUCUUAUUUUACGAUUGAUAUGUGCGUGGGGAGUGUCGUAUUGCUUGUUUGGGAGAGAAAGGAUAAGCGGCAUGCGGAAGCGUUUGCGCCGGCGGUGGCGGCGGGGAUGAUAUGUGGAGACGGGAUGUGGUCGUUGCCGGCGUCGCUGUUGGCGAUUGCGAGAAUUAAUCCGCCGAUGUGUAUGAGGUUUUUGUCGAGGAGCGAUAAUUUUAAGCUGGAGGCUUUGAUUACUCGUCAAGGACUUCCGAACUGA